AUGUCACAGGCACGCCUGAGAGACCCCGGGAGGUGCGGGUCUCUGGCAGGGGCUCCGGCUCUGCUCCAGGCGGCCCUGCUCGCUGCUCUGUUGGCCACUGCCCUGGGCAGCUGUGGCCCCCUCCCCAAUUUACUCUUCGCGUCUCCCACGAGUCAGCUGAACAAGACCAUCUUUGAAGAGGGGACCCAGGUGAAGUACAACUGCCGGCCCGGCUACAGCAGGACCAGCUCACACCAGGUUGUGGUCUGCAAGCGGUCAGGCCGGUGGGAGUACAGCCAGUUCUGCAUCAAGAAGCGGUGCCAGAACCCGGGAGAGCUGCGUAAUGGGCAUGUGGUAGUGAAGACAGACCUCUCUUUUGGGGCCCAACUGGAAUUCAUCUGCUCAGAAGGAUAUCUCUUGAUUGGCCCAACCACCAGCUACUGUGAGGUCUAUGACAACAGUGUAAAUUGGAGCGACCCCCUCCCUGAGUGUGUCAUUGCCCAGUGCGAGCCCCCUCCAGCAAUCCCCCACGGAAGGCACAAUGGCGGAGACCAGGUCUACACCUAUGGGUCCUCCGUCACCUACAGCUGUGACCCCACCUUUUCCAUGCUGGGCAGAGCCUCCAUCUCCUGUGCAGUCAAGAAUAAAACAAUAAGUGUUUGGAGCCCAAGUCCUCCUACUUGCAAAAAAGUCAACUGUCCUUACCCAGAGAUCAAAGAUGGGAAGGUGGCCUCUGGGUUCAGACAGAGCUACGCUUACAAGGACUCCGUCUCCCUCACCUGCAACGAAGGCUUCAUCCUCAGAGGCAGCAGCUUGCUCCGUUGUGGGGAUGAUAGCAAGUGGGACCAUGCCCUUCCCACCUGUGAGCUGAACAGCUGCGUGGGCCUCCCAAACAUCCCCCACUCCUCCUGGAUGUACCGCCGGCCCAGGGACCGGGCCCUGUUUGCCGUGGGAACCGUGCUACAAUACUCAUGCCACCUGGGCUAUAAACCUGUGGCCGACAGGAGCACCGAGGUGACGUGCCAGAAGAAUCUGAGCUGGACGCUGCCCACGUCGUGUGAGGAGAUCUGCUGCCCCAUACCAGAGCUGAAGAACGACACAGUCAUUCACGUGGUGAGACACACCUCCUCCAGCAGCUGCACCUACUCUUUCCGGGACACGGUUGAGUACUGGUGUUCCGAAGAGUUCAAGUUCUCAGCGACCUGCCAGGCGGACGGCACGUGGGACCCCCAGGCGCCGAGCUGUGAUAACAGCUGUCAUUCUCCACCUGUCGUUGCCCAUGGACACUACGACCUAAACAUUAGGUUAUUCAGAGAGAAGGAGGUCGUGUACAGUUGCAACAGCGGCUAUGCUCUGGUGGGCAAGAAAAGUCUGAGCUGCAAAGACUCACGCUGGUUGGGGGAACCCCCCAAGUGCAGAGCCCAAUGUCAGAAGCCCGUGGUAGGUCAUGGCCGUCUGUCCGUGGAGCGGAGACAGUAUCAAGAGCCCGAGACACUCAGCGUCCAGUGUGACCCUGGCUACGAGUUGGUUGGUUCCCAGAACAUCACCUGCUCGGAGAACAAAACCUGGGCUCCAGCGGUACCCAAGUGUGAGUGGGUGUUCCCCAAAGGCUGUGAGCAGGUGGUGGCGGGCAGGAAAAUCUUGCAGUGUCUUCCCAACCCCGAUGAUGUGAGAAUGGCGCUAGAUGUAUAUAAGUUAUUUUUGGAGAUUGAACAACUGGAGUUGCAGAGAAACAAGGGAAAGGAAUCCAUGCUGGCAUCUGAGCUGUGAUUGUUCCAGAAACAGCAGAAACAUGUGCCUCCACCCUUGGAGCACUCAUGUCUGUUCGUACUCCACCAGCCUUUGUGCUCCUAGAUUCAUUGUAAUAAAUAU